AUGAUGAAUGCACAACUUUUAUCUGAAUUAGAAGAAGUAUGGUAUUAUAAAUUAUUACCUGAACGACGUCAAUCUAUAUGUGAAAUUUGGCAAAAACGUAUGGAAGGUAAUCAACCAAUUAUUGAUGAUUAUCAUCGUCUAUUAUUAAUACAUUCACUUUGUUUACCAAUGACACAAGAUUUUAAAUCAUGGAUUAAAUUAGCUAAUCUUUGUCGUAAAUCAAAUCGCUUAAUAAUGGCUGAUUUUAUAUUUAAAGAACUAACACACGCAGUUUUAAAUGAACAUACAAAUUCUAAUCAUCAAGCGAUAGCAGUACCAGUGCUUUCAUCACAAUCUCAACAAACAUGUUAUCAUUCAUCAUUAAUUGAUCAACAAUUAGUUAAAUAUGAAAAAGCUAAAUAUGAUUGGUAUUGUUUAGUUGCAACACGUGAGCGUCUUUUACUUGAAAGUCAAAGUGUUGAACAAGUUUUAAAUAAUGAAAAUAAUCCACAAAAUGAUAUUAUUAGUUACAAUAUACCAACAUUAGCAUCACCAAAAAAAGAAAAUAUUGAAAAUACAAAUAUUAAACUGGAACAAAAUCAUAAAGAACAAUUAAAAUUAAUUGAAGAUAUGAAAGAAAUGAUUAUUAAAACAUGUCUACCAGCUUUAGAUCAUUUAAGAAAACAAACAACAACUUCAAUUGGAAAUGCGCAACAAGAAACGAUGAUAGCAACAAGUGAUAGAGCAACACCAGCUGCUUCAGGGAAUACAUUAGUUGAAACAACACAAAAUAUUAAUACAAUACCACACGUAUCUUCGUUCCGUGUAACAACUACAAAUGCAACAUUAUCUAGUUUAUCAACAUCAUUUCCAACAGUUAAUCAACAAGAACAAUGUUUUCGUCAAUUAAUAUCAAAAUGUUAUUUAAGAAUAGGAACAUGGCAACAUGAAUUAUUCGGUUUAACAAAUGAUAGUAUAUUAGCUGAAAUAAUGAAAAAUUAUGAAUAUGCUUGGACAUAUGAUGAUUCAAAUUAUAAAGCACAGAAUGCUUAUGCUAUACUUAAUUAUGAUGCUGUUAGUUAUUUUAAACAACGUAUAGAAGAUGCAUCACGUAAUAGUCAACAACAACAAGCUCCAUCAUCUUCAUCAACACCUGCUACUAAUUCUUUAGCAUCAUCACCUCGAUCACAACAACAAGAACAAAAUCUCGAUGAAUUCAACGAUGCUUGUCGAAUGUUAGCUUCAAAAAUGAUACAUUGUACAAUAUCAGCUGUAAAAAGUUUAUGUAAAUCCGUUGUGCUUUCAAAAGCUAAACGUUGUUUACAAAAUACUCUUCGGUUAUUAACACUUUGGUUUGAAUAUGGACAAUAUCAAGAAGUAUAUGAAGCAAUAACAGAAGGUAUUCGAACAGUACCUGUUGAAGUUUGGUUACAUGUAUUACCUCAAUUAAUUGCACACAUUGAUUCUCCAAAAUUAUUAGCUCAUCAAUUAAUGCAUCACUUACUUAUUGAUGUUGGUCGACAACAUCCACAAGCAUUAAUUUAUCCAUUAGUUGUUGCAUCAAAAUCAGUUGUUUGUGACCGUCAAUUUGCAGCUAAUCGUGUUUUAAAUAAUAUGAGAGAGCAUAGUCAUACACUUGUACAUCAAGCUUUAGUUGUUAGUGAAGAAUUAAUUCGAAUAUCUGUCUUAUGGCAUGAAACAUGGCAUAAAGGUUUACAAGAGGCAUUAGUACAAUAUUUUGUAAAUAAAAGUAUACAAGGUAUGAUUGAAAUAUUAGAACCAUUACAUGAAACAAUUGAACAUGGAAGUACAACUCAAAAUGAAAGUACAUUUCUUGAUUCAUAUAGUAAUGAUUUGACUCAAGCCCAUGUAUAUAUUCGUCGUUUUAAACAAACAAAAGAUCCAAAUCAACUAAAUCAAGCAGUACAUCUUUAUCAUCAAGUAUUUAUACGUAUUCGUGAUAAAUUAUCAAGUAUAACAUCUCUUGAAUUAGAUCAUGUUUCUCCACGUUUAGCAACUAAUUUUCAUGACUUAGAAUUAGCUGUUCCAGGUACUUAUGAACCACAUAAACCACCAAUAACAAUUCGAAAUGUUCAAUCAUAUAUAACAGUUUUAACAUCAAAACAACGACCAAGAAAAAUUAGUAUAAGAGCUUCGGAUGGAUAUGAAUAUGUAUUUCUACUUAAAGGACAUGAAGAUUUACGACAGGAUGAACGUGUUAUGCAAUUAUUUGGUUUAGUAAAUGAAUUUUUAUCAGCUAACGAUGAAACACGUCGUCGAAAUUUUAUUAUUCAGCGUUAUCCAGUUAUACCAUUAGCACCAAAUACUGGUUUACUUGGUUGGGUGACACAAUGUGAUACAAUUUAUGCAUUAAUAAAAGGAAAUCGUGAAAAAACAUAUAUUAAGUUCGAUGCUGAACUUCGUUAUCUGCUCGAAAAAGCUCCAGAUUAUAAUCAAUUACCUUUACUAAAUAAAGUUGAAAUAUUUGAAAAUACAUUAAAUUUCUUCGAAGGUGACGACUUAGCUAAAAUUUUAUGGCAUAAAAGUUCAAAUGCAGAAAUAUGGUUAGAUAGAAGAUCAAAUUAUACAAGAUCAUUAGCAGUUAUGUCUAUGGUUGGCUACGUUUUAGGCUUAGGUGAUCGUCAUCCAUCAAAUUUAAUGCUUGAUCGUGCAAGUGGAAAAGUUGUUCAUAUAGAUUUUGGUGAUUGUUUUGAAGUCGCUAUGAUACGAGAAAAAUUUCCUGAAAAAAUUCCCUUUCGUUUAACACGUAUGCUACGUAAAGCGAUGGAAGUAACUGGUAUUGAUGGAACAUUUCGUAUGACAUGUGAACAUGUGAUGGAUGUAUUAAGAAACAAUCGUGAUAGUCUUAUGGCUGUAUUAGAAGCAUUUGUAUAUGAUCCAUUACUUAAUUGGCAUUUAUUAGAACAUAAUGAUAAUGACCAAAAUGCUACUCUAUCAACAACAAGUAAUCGUUUUUCACAAAUAGAUAAAAAACAAUAUUACCAAUCACAUUUGUCAACAAUUAAUGAAGACGAUAAUGAACACAAAAGCACAAUUAGUGGAAAAAUACAGCAACAACACGUACAAGAAUCAGGUCGAACAAUACGAGCAGAUGAAAUAAUGAAUCGUGUACGAGAAAAAUUAUCUGGAAACGAUUUUCAUCGUGAACAACCUGUUGAUAUACCAACACAAGUUGAAUUACUUAUUCAGCAAGCAACCAAUCAUGAAAAUCUUUGCCAAUUGUAUAUUGGUUGGUGUCCAUUUUGGUAA